CUGACAGGUUAGAAGGAUACGAAACAGAAAGACUUAUCAAUUUUUUGCGGGAAGAUUCUGAAUUAAGUCAUAUAGAACUUGGUGAUGGCUUUUUUACGAGACUUGAGGGGGAAAAUAUUACCGGUCAUUUAUUUCUCAAGUUAACCAGACAGGAAUUUAGAGAAUUCGGAAUGGGAUUGAGGCCAGCAUUGGAGCUUGAGGACUACAUUAAGAAGCUAUGUGAGUAA